UGAAUAAUGCAGCGCGUCAGCCGGCGCCGGCGCCGGGGCCGGGACGGGGGGCGGGGGAGCGACGGGCGCAAGAUGGCGGCGCUGAAGGAGGCUCGGAGCUACGGGCUGUCGUGCGGGCGCGUGAGCGACGGCAGCAAGGUCGUGUUCCACGUGAAGCUCACCGACAGUGCCCUGAGGGCCUUCGAGAGCUACCGCGCCAGCCAGGAUUCUGUUUCACUGAGACCCUCGAUCCGAUUUCAAGGAAGCCAAGGGCACAUCUGCGUCCCCCAGCCGGACUGCGCGGCGGAGCCGCGGACCUUCUCCUUCUACCUCUCCAACAUCGGCCGCGACAGCCCGCAGGGCAGCUUCGACUGCGUGCAGCAGUACGUCUCCAGCUGCGGGGAUGUGCUGCUGGACUGCCUGGGCAGCAUCCAGGACAAGAUCACCGUGUGCGCCACCGAUGACUCCUACCAGAAGGCGCGGCAGAGCAUGGCCCAGGCGGAGGAGGAGACGCGCAGCCGCAGCGCCAUCGUCAUCAAGGCCGGGGGCCGCUACCUGGGCAGGAAGGUCCAGUUCCGGAAACCGGCCCCCGGGGCGACAGAGGCCGUGCCCUCCCGGAAGCGGGCGACCCCCGUGAACCUGGCGAGCGCCAUCAGGAAGAGCGGCGGCGCGAGCGGGGCGGGGGUGUCCCAGAGGCCCUUCCGCGACCGGGUGCUGCACCUGCUGGCGCUGAGGCCCUACCGCAAGGCCGAGCUGCUGCUGCGGCUGCAGAAGGACGGCCUGGCGCAGGCGGACAAGGAGGCGCUGGACGGCCUCCUGCAGCAGGUGGCCAACGUGAGUGCCAAGGACGGCGCGUGCACGCUCAGGGACUGCAUGUACAAGGACGUGCAGAAGGACUGGCCCGGCUACUCGGAGGGGGACCAGCAGCUGCUGAAGCGUGUGCUUGUCCGGAAGCUGUGCCAGCCGCAGAGCGCAGGUGGCCUCGCCGGAGACCCCACUGCCUCCAGCCCCCCGGACGAGCACGGGAGCUCGGCCUCGCCCCCUCAGAAACGGCCGCAGCCUCCCGAGUUCAUCGACCCCCUGGCCAGCAAGAAGCCCAGGAUAUCCCACUUCACCCAGAGAGCCCAGCCUGCCGCCGUCAACGGGAAGCUGGGCGUGCCCAACGGCCGCGAGGCCCUGCUGCCCACCCCGGGGCCGCCGGCCGCCUCGGACGUCCUCGGCUCCAGCACCCACCUGCCCCCACGGCUGGAGCCCCCGAGGGCCCACGACCCCCUGGCCGACGUCAGCAACGACCUGGGCCACAGCGGCCAGGACUGUGAGCGCGGGGACUCGGCUGCCCCCGGCCCCGCCACCGCGCACCCCGGCCUGCCCCUGCCCACGGACUGCGCCCAGCCCGGCAGGCCCCGCGGCAGCGCCUCGCGCAGCAAGUCCAGGAAGAAGUGCAAGAAGCACAAAGACAGGGAGCGGGCCGCUGGGGACAGGCACCAGGCCCAGCCGCCGGACCACCCGCCCGCCACGCACACAGCCCCACCGGAUGCCCCGCCGGAUGUCCCGCCAGAUGCCCCGGGUGUGAACGGAACGUGCGGCGGCGCCAGCGCGCCCGCGCCGGAGACGCCGGAGACGCCCGAGACGCCCGACUACUUGCUGAAGUACGCGGCCAUCUCGUCCUCGGAGCAGCGCCAGCGCUACAAGAACGACUUCAACGCCGAGUACAGCGAGUACCGCGACCUGCACGCCCGCAUCGAGCGGAUCACGCGCAGGUUCACGCAGCUCGACGCGCAGCUCAGGCAGCUGUCGCAGGGCUCCGAGGAAUACGAGACCACGCGUGGGCAGAUUUUGCAGGAGUAUCGGAAAAUCAAGAAGACCAACACCAACUACAGCGAGGAGAAGCGCCGCUGCGAGUACCUGCACAGCAAGCUGGCGCACAUCAAGCGGCUCAUCGCCGAGUACGACCAGCGGCAGCCGCAGGCCUGGCCCUAGCCGCCGCCCUCCCCUGGCCCGCCGGCGGCGGCGCUGCGGCUGCGGGCGGGGGGCGGACGAGGAUUCACCCAAAACAAUAAACGUGAGGAAGACACACGCA